AUGUGGGGCAUCGCCAGCUCUAUCCGGUGGGGCACUCGCUGCCUCGCUGGGCAACUGCCAACUCCAGGAAAGCAUCGCGCCUUCCUUGUACAGGAGGGCACAGCUCGGCUAACACGGAAGUCGCCAACUGAGAUGUUCUUGCCGUCUACCUUGGGCACCAUGUUUCUUUCUUUUUCUACACAAUUCUUCGAGACUUUUGCGCUCUUGCAUUCGCAGCCGGGUCUCCUUUCGCUUCCCCAAGGCUUCUUAUUCUCCCGCCCGCAUUCCUCGACGCUUGACUUUCCACUUCGCAUGAGCUCGACCCAGGUAGCUUACCAUGGCUACUCAGCAUGCUUCCAACCUCUACCCCUCCGUCAGGUGCUGGGCUGGCUUGCCGUUCCUUCCACCGCUAAUCCCAAUCAGGACACGACAACAGCCUUGAGGCGUUUUGGCACCCUGGCCGCGCCUAAUGCACAACGCUGCACCCCGUCGCCUUACUCGCCCGCCCUUUUCCGUCUUGUCUUCCUUGCAGCUCGCCGCUUGCUAGCUCGCUGUUCCCCUCACGCCGCCGCAUCAUGCGUUGCUAGGAGGGUUGCUACAACACCUGUUACUGUCGGCACUUUACAGCAUCAUCCCACCAUCUCUGGCACUCACCUUAUUGCGGCACAGCGCUGCGUCGUCACAUCGUCGCUUGACCUAAAUCUCACGAUGGAUACGAGAAUCCCCUCACUUCCGGCGAGGGCCGCGGGGUUCCCGCCACUCUGCAUCGCAUCGCUUCGCCCCACUUUUGACCUUUACACCUGCAGUAAAUCGAAGCGUUCUCACGACGAUACUCACCGCAAGUCGACCGUGCCUUCGAUGAAGUUCCACGGCCAGUCGAUUCUCUAUGUGGUCCCAGUUGCACCGGCACAACAUUCCAUCCCAUCACCAGUUCCACGACCAAGUCCAAAAACGUCGAUCAACCCUCACCUAACCCUCGCACGUGAUUCUCGUUCAUGGAACUCCUAUCGAAGAGACAAUCGGCCGCUGGUCCAGACAGGCGCAACGUUGCUUCACGUUGAGCCAACACGACGCCGCUUGAAUGGACUGCGCACAGCCAGGUCUCUCAAUGCAAGCAUAGGUUUGGAUCACCGACUGAGACUUCUUCAUGGACGCGCCCAGCUUCCCUUCCUUCUAAGUUGGCUUCUGCGAUCCCUCGGACCCGCCGACAAACACGAAGUACAGCUAGGAAACGCUUCCUUCGCAUCCAUGUUGCAGCCGUACCUUCGGACCAUUGUGCUGGACUCGUCUCGUGACGUCAAGACCACUACGCUAAAUCGCCUCGGCCCCGCGGGAUUUCCUCCUGAUACAAAACGCGCUGCCAUUGAUAGUGUCUCCCGAACGUUUGGCUCUACUUCGCUAGCUGAACGUCGAUCCUUCAGCUAUGAUCUAGCAGAGUUAACCAGAGGUGGGUGCUACUGA